AUGUACAGUGGUGUCGGUACUACUGCAACUCCUAUCGGCAAUGUGUUUCAGGGAGCAUUCGGCGAAGGCAAGUGCAAAACCAAUUCCCACCCUGAUACGUGGGAUGAGAUCAUUCUCGUUGGUUUCUCCCGAGGAGGAUUCACGGUUCGAUGCCUGGCCGCUUUCAUCGACAAAGUGGGUCUUCUGCGACGUCACGGUCUUGCUUUACUAGAGACCCUGUUCACUAUGUGGAAACAGCAGAAAUCAGAAGCGGACAAGAAAAAGCUCGACAAGCUUGUCGAUGAUCUUGAGAGUAAUAAUUUUCUCUUCAAACCCGGCAUUAAGGUCCUGGCAGAAUGGGAUACCGUCAGUGCCAUGGGUUUGCACAUCUGGGCACCUGAGUUUUCUUUCGUAUCGGACAUAGUACCCAAAUGUGUCGAAUCGGCGUUCCAUGCGAUGUCUAUCCACGAAAGGCGCUUCGAAUUCGAACCCAUGCCCUACCGUAGAGGUUACGAGGAAGCGCAUACAGAGAAAACGCGGACGGUGCGACAAUGCUUGUUCGUUGGCUGCCAUUUCGAUAUAGGUGGAGGCAAUGAGGAUGCGGGUUUAUCUAUGCUGCCAUUCCUUUGGAUGGUCGAUGCGAUAAGCAGCGCUUCCAGCGCACGAUUCAGCAGCCUCGCGAUAUUUGGGUAUCACGUCCCUCUGGCGAUUAAUUCGAAGCUCAAUCCUAGCUUGUGGCAUCGCUCCAAGGAUUGGGUGAUGGGAAAAUACCAUGAGACCGAAAAGCCAGUCUAUACUACCUGCAGCUCAGCCAAAGGGUACCUCCAGCCCUCGCAUAGGGGACUAUGGCAAAUUUUGAAGUGGAAACCCUGGCUAGGUACAUUUGUGCGCCCACGCGGCCCAUACUGGACGCUCACAUAUGACCCCGCCUCUCAUCGAACCCUUGCGAUUCGAUGUAUGUCCGCGGUCGGCAGUCUCUUCAGCACAGUUCGCAAUCUUCUUUCUGGUGCGCAAAAGCAGCAUGCCGUCGGAAAACAAAAACCCCCAGAGGAUGAGAGGACGUUGGCCAUUGAAGUCCACUGGACGGUUCGCAUGUUGCAAAAGCGGAUCCCAAAUGGCGCUGGAUGCUUACCCGGCUAUGAUCUCCAAGGGCUCGACGAAGACCCCCAUGGACGGGAAGGUGGCUUGCCACAUUACAUUUGGCGCAAGCGGUGUGACUCAAAGCAGCAGUCAAGUCCGAACGCCGACAGUGAGGCCAUCUUGCAUGAGUUCAGACCCAGCAAAUCUGAAUCCGAGCUGUACAAGGAAUGGUCCGAAUACGAUGGAAAAGAGAAGGACAGAAAGUCCCAUCGGGUAGUGUACGACAAGCGGUGGAUGAAUGCGUUGCGUGAGCUAUCAUUAAAACCAGAACCACCGGUACUAAAGGGUCGGAAGCGGGAAGAGACGAUGCGAGAAUGGUUCCGAGACUUGUAUCCUGAAAUUAAUGAGCUUAGCGAGGAGGGAACAAGAUUGGAGUCCGAGUCCAAUCCCGAAGGAACAGCCGAUGCACUGGGUCAAUGA